AGAAAACCGUCUGCUGCUGAAUCAAGCUCAGAGAGAGAGAGGGAGAGCUCCGGCUGAAAUGGCCGGGAAGAUCGUGAUAAUAUUCGAUUUCGAUAGAACGCUGAUCGAAGACGACAGCGACCGCUGGGUCUUCACCAGGAUGGAUCUCACCCAGCUGUUCCGCGACCUCCGCCCCACACUCCCGUGGAACUCUCUCAUGGAUAGGCUAUUGGAGGAGAUGCACGUUUUAGGAAAAUCAAUAGAUGAUAUUGCAGAUUGUUUGAGAGGAAUGCCGUUGCAUCCUAGUGUUGUUUCAGUUGUUAAGCAAGCUCAUGCUCUCGGAUGUGACUUGAAGGUGGCGAGCGACUCGAAUCAGUUUUACAUCAGAACUAUUUUGGAACAUUAUGGUAUAUAUAGCUGUUUCUCGGAGAUCAUCACGAACCCUGCUGUUGUGGAUAAAGGAAGGCUGAGGAUCUUUCCUUACCAUGGUUCAGCUGCGCCACAUGGUUGCGAUCUCUGCCCAUCCAACUUAUGCAAGGGUCGUAUCAUCGAGCAAAUCAAGGUUUCUUUAUCCGAAAGUGAAAGCAAAAGGCUUAUAUAUAUUGGUGAUGGGGGGAACGACUUCUGCCCGACUCUCAAGCUUGCUGCCGGAGACUUUGUGUUGCCAAAGAAGGACUUCCCUCUGUUGAGCCGUAUCUCGAAGAACAGCAAUCUUGUCAAAGCUAAGGUUUGCGAAUGGAACAGCAGCGAAGAUCUGGCUAAGAUCCUCGGGAAACUUAUCGAGUGCAUGUCCAACGAAGACAAGAUAAGUUCCUCGACCACUCAGCUCUAGUCAGUCAUCUCUGUAACACACAUGCAUUCAAACUGCCAGCCAUCACUGCAUCAUUCUCUAUUACUCAUGUGAACAUGAUAAUUUUUACAUUAAUCAAAUUGUGUAGUUCAAGUUUA